GUUUCAAGCCGAGAAGUUGUGUUGGUGUUCUUGUUCGUGUUGUUAUUGUUAUUAUUGUUGUUGUUGUUAUUGUUAUUAAGUCAAGGGUUGAUACUGAGAGUGCUGAAUCAAAAUGACGAACACGUAUGAUAUGGUGGUUUCGGUUAUUUCGAAGCCCGUUGAAUCGAGACAGGAUUUCGAAAUACAGACUUUGGUACCAUGGUUUAGGAAGAAAUCGGAAAAGCUUUUCAGAGAACUUAAAACAGAAUACCUCAAGGAUAUCAUCAGAAAUUGUCAAAUUGUUCACAUCAAACGAGAUGAUAUCAUCAUCAAACAAGGAGAGAGGGGCGAUUGUUUCUACAUCAUCCUCAGCGGCCAAGUGUCGAUCUACAUCCUGGACAAGGACAAGGAGGGUGAGGAAGACACGCCCACAGAGCCCGAGCAGAUUUACAAGAAAGACGGGAAGCUUGACCGCAACAAGCUAGGCUGCCCCGUCACUCAGUUAGGCCCUGGUGCUCCUUUCGGCGAGGUAGCCCUGGAGUCUGAGGACUGUAUCCGGACAGCGUCCAUCACGGCGGACGAGAACACUGACCUGCUGGUGGUGGACCGCCACCUCUACAACCGGUCGGUCCGGGACGUGCUGGCCAAGGAGUUCGAGGCCAAGAAGCGCUUCAUCGAGCAGAACCCGAUGUUCUCGUCGUGGGCGCCCAAGUACCGCAAACAGCUCACCAUGGCGCUCUACCUGGAGAACUACUCCUACGACGCCGUGCUUGUCCGCCAGGGAGACCACGUCAAGAACAUUUACUUCAUAACCAGUGGCCAGAUAGAAGUACAAAUGGAUCCCUGCGUACAUCCGUUUCAGUACUGUAAGGUCUUCAAAGCUGCCAAUACAACUGAAGCAGAAAAACUCGUGAGAAGGGAGAGGAAUCGUCCCCCGAUGGAAACACAACAAUGUAACAUCAAGAAGAGAGACAGUUUCAGAAGCACAAAGCUAUGUUAUCUUGGCAUAAACGAAUGUGUGGGCGAUGCUGAAGUGUUGUUGGAUUUAAAUACCUACAUGCAGACCGCGGUGUGUAAAGAGAAGACGUCAGUUCUUGUCCUAGAAACAAAACACUAUGUUCGUCUGUUUGUGCGGCGGUAUCAACGAACCAUUGACACGAUGCAAAAACAGCUUGGCAUCAAACUCGAGGCCCGGAUUUCUCUAUUACCUCACAAACAAGACAUUCCGUUGCUAGGAUACUUGGUAGACAUCAUCGAAACCAAGAAUCGACCACAAGUAGUCCUAGAGAAGGACAAAAACAAAGACAUGGUGACUGUGUCAGAGGCGGAGAAGGAGUUUUUCAAUCACAAAGGACCUCUAAUUGACAUGUACGGACCCGGCAGUGUGUUUUACGUUAUACGAGUCAGAGAAAGGACUAAGCUGAAGCUGAGAAACAAAAAGGAAAGGGCUAUGGAGCGACCUCCACCGGGCUCUGCUGCGAACAUGUUGAUGGGUCCGCGAAUCAGUCCGCCUAGUCGGGAAGCAGACGGCUACUGGCGGCCGGUGACCCCGAAGUCGUUCCGGUCGAUCGCCAAUGCGGAGCGCGACCCUGAGGAUGAAGGUUACGACCAAGAGUUGGCAGACGGCUCGGAGUACACGGACCCUUCUCCCAUGGGUUACGUCAUCGACCCGGAGGCCCAGAACGCGGCCUUGACCGACCUGGAGGACCGGAUCAACUCGUGGCUCAAACAGGAUAACCCAAAGGGUGGACCCAGGGUGGAGCGUCUAAGACGAUAUGUCAUUCAGGACAUAGACAAUCCUCCGCACCCAGGUAACCGAAUUAUUGUACGCAGACGACAAGAAUCCGAUUCCGCUGACAAAGAGCGGUCACCCAGAGAGUUGGAGAAGGCGCGACUAGCUCACCUUAAGAUUCUCCUCAGCAGAUGAGCAGAUCUAACGAGGAGGAGGAGGACCUACACGCGAGCAGACGUCGAGGAUCCCCGUGAAUCAGACACCAAUUCCAGACGCGCAGACGUCAACUUGACCAGGCCUGGUGCUUAUAAAACCUUUUAGAGUCUAGACUCGAGACUCUAACAGAGUCUGAUAUACUAAUGUCGUGACAACGCCAUACAAAUUGUAUGUGUGUGACGUCAUUAGAGAUUGAGUCUGGACUCUAUGAGUUUCAUCAGCAUGGGCCCGGGACUAGUCCAGAACUGAUCAAAUAGCGUCGGGGCUUUGGGUGGGGUGGGAUGAACGUUACCACCAUAAUGUCUACUGAAUAUGUUUGACUGGUUUUUGUCUCGAAGUAAAACGGCGAGAUACAUAAGUAUUACUUUACUAAAGGAGGCGGCAACUGUUUGGUUAAACGUGUUUAGAUCAGUUUGUCACAAUUAAACUUGGUUUAUAGUUGCACCUAUGGAUGUUCAUCACACUGCACCGAAAACGUUUAUGAUAGUCGAGACAUUUAAAUGUUUGAUUAUUCGCUCACAUAUGAAUGAUUCAAAGGGAAUGCAACGUUAGGUAUGUCUGGCUUUACUGCACGUCCAUACCUUCGUCCAUUGCUCAAACGCGGAUGCACCAGUGUACACAAUGAAACAGAUAAAUCAUUGUGCACAAACGAUGGAGGCAUUUCUAGUUCAUAGUGCAGAUAGAGCCAAAUGAUUUAUUCUUAUUCUGUGAAGUAUUAAAACAAAGUCCUUAACCCGCCCCCGUAUGUAAUUAUUUUUGGAUGUGAAGGAAACCAGUGCCAACGGUGCUACAAGCUACAUGUGAUACCAACAUUACUCCAGCCCGAGUACUCUGCCGUUCGAGAGCUAGACGGACAGUUGGACGAUUAUGAUCGCUCUCUGCCGCCAGAGAUAACUGCAUAGCGAAAACACGGCAGAGUACUCGGGCCAACAUUAUUCCAGCCCGAGUACUCUGCCGUUCGAGAGCUAGACGGACAGUUGGACGAUUAUGAUCGCUCUCUGCCGCCACAGAUAACUGCAUAGCGAAAACACGGCAGAGUACUCGGGCCAACAUUAUUCCAGCCCGAGUACUCUGCCGUUCGAGAGCUAGACGGACAGUUGGACGAUUAUGAUCGCUCUCUGCCGCCACAGAUAACUGCAUAGCGAAAACACGGCAGAGUACUCGGGCCAACAUUAUUCCAGCCCGAGUACUCUGCCGUUCGAGAGCUAGACGGACAGUUGGAAGAUUAUGAUCGCUCUCUGCCGCCAGAGAUAACUGCAUAGCGAAAACACGGCAGAGUACUCGGGCCAACAUUAUUCAAGACUGUAGUUCUUAGUGUAUUCAUUGUUAGUUUAUACUUUGUUUCGUGCUUAUAUCCAACUAAGGUUCAAGCACGCUGUCCUGAGAACACAUCUCAGUUACAUGUGAUGCCUGUCUAGGACAUGGAAUUAUUCAAGUACGCUGUCCUGAGAACACAUCUCAGUUAUAUGUGAUGCCUGUCUAGGACAUGGAAUUAUUCAAGUACGCUGUCCUGGACACACUUCAGCUAUCUAGGUUGUCUGUACAGGACUAUAAGUUAGUGGUUAACUCAGAGAGGUUGGUGCAGUGGUCUUUCACUUCGCCGAUGAGUCAAUGAACGCGCUCUGGGUUGGAGCCAGUACCGAGAUGCGAACCCAGUACCUACCAGACUAAAUUUCCAUCGCCUAACUACUACACCAGCGAGGCCGGUCUGUAUUUAUUGCAGGCUGAAAACAACGUAUACUCUCGUCCAGGGCCCCGUUCCACGAAGCGAUCUUAGCGCUAAGAUCACCUUAAAUGCAUAACUACCUAAUGCACUUAAGGUGAUCUUAACGCUAAGAUCGCUUCGUGGAACGGGGCUCUGGUGUAAAAUGGCAGUGAAUAGCUAUAAUUGCUGAAAACUAAUUUCCACGUCAUCGACAAACGUUUAUAUGUACUGCACUUUUCUGCUGUGUAUUAUGGCCUAUUUUGUAAUUUUCGACCUAUAUGGUAAUAGCAACAACAUUAAUAUGGGGAAGUCUUAUUUAAGGGAAUAAAAAAAGAUAAAUAUAAAAUUAAUCACAAAACAAACAUCAUAGAAUUUUUUUUUUUUUUGCACUAUCCAUUGUACCUUUGUUUCUCAAUUUGUCUUU